UUCCGUUUAGAACGCUCGCCCUCCGUUGUUCAUUCAACAUGGCAGCGGGACCAAUUUCAGAAAGAAACCAAGACGCCACUGUUUAUGUCGGCGGCUUGGAUGAGAAAGUAUCAGAGCCGUUACUAUGGGAGCUCUUCCUGCAGGCUGGCCCUGUGGUCAACACACACAUGCCCAAAGACAGGGUCACAGGCCAACAUCAGGGCUAUGGCUUUGUAGAGUUCCUUAGUGAAGAGGAUGCUGACUAUGCCAUCAAAAUCAUGAAUAUGAUAAAGCUCUAUGGCAAACCAAUUCGAGUUAAUAAGGCCUCAGCGCACAACAAAAACUUAGAUGUCGGUGCAAACAUCUUCAUUGGUAACCUGGACCCAGAGAUUGACGAGAAACUGCUCUACGACACAUUCAGUGCCUUUGGCGUGAUCCUCCAGACGCCAAAGAUCAUGCGAGACCCGGACACCGGGAACUCCAAGGGUUAUGCUUUCAUCAAUUUCGCUAGCUUUGAUGCAUCAGAUGCCGCCAUAGAGGCCAUGAACGGCCAAUACCUCUGCAACAGGCCCAUCACGGUAUCGUACGCCUUCAAGAAGGAUUCUAAAGGAGAACGGCAUGGCUCGGCUGCAGAACGACUCCUGGCUGCGCAAAACCCUCUCUCCCAGGCAGACAGGCCUCACCAGCUGUUUGCAGACGCUCCUCCACCACCGAGUGCUCCGACACCGGUCCUGACCACACUCGGAACUGGGAUCCCCAUGCCAGGCAUGCCACCUCCCGGUGCUUUCCCUCCUGUUCCUCCUCCGGGAUCUAUGCCUCCGGCGAUGCCACCGGCUAUGCCCAUGCCUCCAUCCGCAGGGACACCAGGUCCGCAAGCUGGUGGCGGACCUCCACCCGGACCGCCACCAUUCCCUCCUGCCAACAUGCAUCCAGGUAUGCCUCAGAUGCCCAUGCCCCCUCCUGCUCCUCCUGGCAUGGUGCCUCCACCUCCUGCUCCUCCAGGUUCAAAUCAACCACGGGCACCGCCGCCUCCUGGCAUGCCCCCACCCCCGCCUAUGGGCAUGCCACCCAGAGCACCAUAUGGACCCCCCAUGGGUCCACCUGUGCCUCCAGGUAUGAGGGGACCACCUCCUCCCAUGCCUCCACCUGGCUACGGAGCUGGUCCUCCUCGUCCACCUCCUUUUGGCUUCCAGAGAGGUCCUCCCAUGCCACCAAGGCCCCCUGGUGCCCCACCACGCGUUCCUAUGAGAGCACCAAUGCCACCGUAAUCCACCUUAGACUGAGGAAACAGGCUCUCAUUUUGCUUUUUUUGCUUUUUUUUUAAAAACAUCUUUAGAUCUACUCAAAUUUGUAAUUUUGAGGUAAUUUAACCACCUCUUUGUAUUUUGUUUUGGUCAUUGUACAGAUGAAGGACCAUCGAUGAAUAAAGUUUUUAGUACAAAAA